AUGAUGGGGUCUUUUCUUUCAAGUGCCCUUGUGCUGGUUUUUGGUUAUGCAUAUCCGGCUUAUGAGUGUUUCAAAACUGCGGAGAAGAAGGAGCCAGAAGUUGGGCAACUUCUGUUUUGGUGUCGAUACUGGAUUUUAGUUGCAAUGCUUACAAUCUGUGAGAGAGUCGGGGAUGCAUUCGUUUCAUGGCUACCAAUAUACGGUGAAGCGAAGCUGGCAUUCUUCAUAUAUCUAUGGUAUCCGAAAACAAAGGGAACUGCAUAUGUUUAUAAUUCCUUCUUUCGGCCUUAUGUGGCCAAACAUGAAACGGAGAUUGAUCGCAACUUAUUGGUGUUGAGAGUAAAGGCUGGUGAUAUAGCAACUGUUUAUUGGAAAAGGGCUCUAAUUUAUGGCCAGACAAGGUUUUUUGAAAUUCUGCAAUAUGUCUCUUCUCAGUCAGCAGCAGCACCUCCUCGUUCUAAUCAAGUACUCGUGGAUAAAGAAGGGUAG